AUGUCACCCUCUUGUCUUGAUGAACUGUUUCGUAUACCAAAGAAGAAAACAAACACCAAGUCAGAGGAUGUUCAAGUUCAGUCCCCUUUGGCAAGGCUCCCAGGCUCCCACCAUUGGGACUACCCUUUAAAAGAGUGGAAAUUACGUGCUAACAACAGAGAGCCUUCCAUGAAAGGAAAAAGACAGAAGGACUGCAACAGAGACAGCUCUAAUGAUGAAGAAUCAAUUGGGCAACCCAAAGUUACCUUGACGAAUGUCCUGAGGACGAAAAUUGGAAGAAAAUACAUAGACAGCCACGUAAUAAUUGAUGCAAAUUUAUCUGAUGCUGACAAAUUGCAAUCAGGUCAACUACCCUCAUCAUCUGUUGCCAGUCUACAGACAUGUCAAAUAUUAAGUUCUCCUCAUGAAAGUUCUUUUCUGUCUGAAAGGUCUGAGCAUUGCAUGAGAAAGACAGAUGAUGAUCUGUGUAAAUUGACCAAGGCUUCUAAGGAACCAGAAAAAAAUGUCUUCACUUUUAGAAGACGAGAGCUGCGGAAGAAAG